AUGUUGAAAUAAUAUUAAUUAACAGCACUGAAAUAAAAAUAUGAAAUCAAAUAGUUAUCAAAAUUAAUGUCUUCUAAAGGAAGAGAAUUUACCAAAUUUUAUAAAUGUAUUAAUUCCAAUUUUAUAAUUUAGUAAAAUAAAGAAGUAUGCAUAUGAUUAUUAGAUUAAAGAAGCUAAGAGUGA